CCCUCCGUCGCUCCAAAGUUCCUAAACACCGGUCACCAGCACCUCUCAUCAAGUCGAAGCAGCAGCCAUGGCCUCCACCAAGCCCACGUACAAUGUGAUGGUAUUUGAUGCCAUCAAGACCCUCAAGGAGCGUAACGGAUCCUCCAUCCAGGCCAUCAAGAAGAGCAUCACCGCCACCUACCCUACCCUUAACUUCACACCGCACCAGAUGCGCAGCGCCCUCAAGAAGGGAGUUGAGUCCGGCAAGUUCAUCAAGAUGAAGGCCUCUUACAAGCUGAGCGCCGAGGCGAAGAAGCCCGCCCCCAAGAAGGUCGUGAAAAAGAAGGUGGUGAAGAAGGUCGUCAAGAAGGUGCUGAAGAAGAAGGUGCCGAAGAAGAAGGUGGCCAAGAAGCCCGCUGUGAAGAAGACCACGACGAAGAAGCCCGCCGCCAAGAAGGCCACCACCACCAAGAAGACCGUCACCAAGAAGAAGCCUACCACCGCCAAGAAGCCCGCGGCAAAGAAGACCACCGCCAAGAAGAAGCCCUCCACCCCCAAGAAGAAGCCCUCCACCCCCAAGAAGAAGGCUGCCGCUCCUAAGAAGGCCUAAGCUCGACCAUCUCCAAUGCUGGCGAGGUUCACAACAUCUCUCACCGGCACCUUCUCAUGUUGGGUUCGACCCUCUCAGCAAAAAACAAACUGGUGUUUACUGAACACCACCCAUCCGACCAAAGAAUGAAAAAGCAACCGCAAAGUGAGCGCUCGCGAUAGCGAUGGGUUCCAGAAGUUGCCCAUGGAGCAGAUAUGGCGGCAACGUAUCGCGCUCUUCUCAUGGAAUUGCGUUUCAUGAAGGUUCACCAGUGUCGUUGCUGUAUACCUUUUUUUGUGUAGAUGAUCGUGGUGGACAGAAAUCUUGUCGUUAUGCUGAAGCGAAAUAAUUUAAUGGCUGUCUUGCAAGGUUCAGUGUGUGUGGUAUUUGUUGGUGGUGCCUUGUGCAGAUCUUGGAUGUUGGUGCGAUUAUUGUUGAUAAUUUUGUAGCCGUUGUCGCCACCGGACCGUUCGUUGCUGUUGCAUACAGAGACUUGUACCUGAAUUCGUCCCUCCAAUGCGGGACACUCCCAAGGACAUGGCGACGUAGGCGCCAUGGUUGUAGUAGCACGUGCUUAGAUGAUGUGCUGUGGUUGCUGUCCUCGCCACGUUGACGUUCGAGAAACCCUUCGGGACAAAUAUCGUAUCGUAAUGCCUGGCAUAAGCCUCAAACCUGCCCGGCAGGAAAGACGUUGAAAUGUGAAUUUUGUGUCUUUGCCCUCCUUUUUAGCACUUGCCUUCUGGGGUGUAAACGUUUUCUGAAUAAGAAUGCGUUUACCCUCGGUGACGCACUGACGCAGGUUGGUUGUGCAAGGUCUUUCCAGAUAUUUGAGCUUUGUGUACAUUAAACUUGAGAAUAUACAGUUCCCGUGAAGAUUUUGGACACAACUAUUGCCACCAUCCCACUUGCACGUAAGCACGUGAAUCAAAGUAAAUUCUAGGAAGUACGGAACUGCGCCGAGAACAAACAUGUUUAUAAUUUUUCCUUUUCAUGCAUGAGUCGCGUGUGUUGCCAUGAUCAGUUUUAUUAGUGUUUCGUGGGUAGUAUGUCUGGUAGAUGGCAAACUAGUACUUUUGUAGUAAUCAAAACGUACAACGAGUGUUGUCCUGUUGGCACGAGUGCAUGUAUCUGCGGCACACAGUGGAAUGUAGAGGUGGGAGGGGAAGGAGACAGGGACUACUCGUGUAUGUUUACAAACAUCAGGCGAUCCGAUAUCUUUCU